ACAACUAACCAGAUGGCAGCACCGCGAGCAAGUCAAAGCCGUUUUAACAACUUAAGAAAUAACAAUUACGUUUUUUGGCGUUAUUUCUGUUUAUUUUAAGCCAACGCAGCCACGCAAUGAAAAUAUUAUGCGAGGUGCAGGUGUUAAAUCGCACAACGCAGGCAAAUCGGACUCCUCGGGCCGUAAAAUCAACGCUUGCCAUCGGCUACAAGCAAAGCGCGCGCGACUCCAAUGGCAAUACCAAAAAGGAGCUGGAAAUGGUGCUGUUCACUCCCCAGGUGAAGGCUGGCACACGGUACAAGGUGCGCGAUAAUAUACACUGCGUACACACCAAAUUCGUGCUGGACGGCAAGGCCACCAUUGGCUUUAAGCAGCCGGCAGAGAAUCUGCUCAUCAAAUGUGAUCCCAUACAGCUAAAGGGUUUUCUUCAAACGCUCAAGCUGGGCAUGGAGGGCAAGGAUGCCAUCAAUUUGAGACUGAACAUAGCUAACACAACCGCCUUACCACAGAAGGCACAGCCGCAGCAGCGAAUGACCAUCAAUAAACGCAGCGAGUAUCCAGUUAAAGGUUUUCCGCGCACUCUCAAAUCGCUGACCAUCAACAAUAUCCAAUUGAUGAAGCUCAGCUUUGAGAUUUGCACACUGCGCAAUCUGACCACGCUGGAUGUCAGUGGCAACAAGCUAGCAAAGAUACCCACCGAAUUGGGUCGCCUGCCGCUCACCUCGCUGCAUUUAAGCGGCAAUGCGCUGGGCGAGCUCAACGACUGGUGCUGGCUGCGUGGUAGCAAACUGAGUCAGUCCCUCUGCGAGCUGGACUUGUCGGCUAACGGACUCAGCUACUUUCCACCGCCAUUGGUCAGAUUCGAGAGUCUGGUCACGCUUAAUCUGAACCAUAAUAAGCUGCGUCACCUGCCCUUCGCCAUACGUCGCCUUCAAAAGCUGCGAUCGCUGCAUGUGUCCAGCAAUAAAUUAGAAUCACUGCCCGCUGCCAUUGAGGAUCUGCAUAUAGAUUUGCUGGACGUAUGGGGCAACUGCUUCAAAGGUUUCAAUGUGGAAGCCGCUCAAACACAGGUGCAACGCACAGCUGCCACACACACGCCCACGCCGCUCUGGUUGCAGGCGGCACGCGUGGUCUCUACACAUAAACUGCCCUAUUCGACGAGUACACUGCCUGCCAUACUCAUCGAACUCAUCUCGGAAGCGCCCAAGUGCCUAUGCGGCAAACUGUGCUAUGCGCUAGAGUCUCGCGAUCUGCUGAAGCGCGUUACCCAGCCCAAGUUUACCAAUAUCAAGAAUUUGACCUACAGUCGAGAGCAUCAGAUCUACUCCGAUGUGAUCAUCUGUGGUCCCAAUUGUUGUGCCUAUCCACAGCUGAAGGCUCUAUUCAAUAUAUUAGUCUCUUGAGAUAUUAUCGAUUU